GGGUCCGGUCGCCGUAUGUGACCAAUAUGCGUCUGCUGGAACGCAGAGCGGCUGUUCAUUGGCUGUAGCGGGCCAGCGCCUUGGCUGCUGAUUGGCCAGAGUGACAGUUCCGCUGUACUCUGCACCGUGUCCUGCUGUGGGAGGGGGGCCGAGUGUGAUGUUGGCAACCGGGGGCAGCAGGGCACCGUGCAGCGGCGGAGAGGGGUGGAGGCGGAGCCUGAGCCAUGGAGUAGAGUGAGCAGUUGAAUUCUUAGAGCUGCUGAGGAAUAUUCCAAUUGAUGAUGAAGGUUGCCAUUAUAUCCAAAUUCUAUAUCACUGUUUGGGAAAAUGAGGCUAUAAAGGUUCCAGUGGGGAUCCAGAACAGUGAUGUCUUACAUGUUUUUUGUCAAAUUCAUUCAGUACUAACCCAUAUCUUUGGGUCAUCAUGAAGCUGAAACAGCGGGUUGUGGUCCUAGCUUUGCUGCUGGUCAUACUAGUCCUUACCAAACUUCUAUUGCUGGACAGAUUGGAGACUUCAGCUGCCCAGAGACAGGACCAGCUGUCUUUCCAGCGCAUGAUGUCCAGCUUGCGGCUUACCAUGGACUCGCGUCUGGAGCACACCUUGCAGUCCCCUUGGGAGAUUGCAUCUCAAUGGGUUGUCCCAAGAGAGGUGUAUCCUGAAGACACUCCGGAAAUGGGAGCUGUCUUACACUCUAUGGCUACAAAAAAAAUCAUAAGAGCUGACGUGGGCUACAAAGGUACGCAGCUCAAAGCCUUGUUAGUCCUGGACGGUGGACAGAAGGUAGUCUUCAAACCAAAAAGAUACAGCCGCGAUUAUGUUGUGGAGGGGGAACCGUAUGCUGGGUAUGAUCGGCACAAUGCGGAGGUGGCUGCUUUUCAUCUGGACAGGAUUCUUGGCUUCAGGCGCGCCCCUUUGGUGGUUGGCCGAUAUGUGAAUCUUCUCACCGAAAUUAAACCUGUAGCCACCGAGCAGCUGCUAAGCACCUUUUUGAAGCAGGGGAACAACACCUGCUUCUAUGGGAAGUGUUACUACUGUCGUGAGACAGAGCCCGCCUGUGCCGACCGGGAAGUGAUGGAAGGUUCAGUGACUCUCUGGCUCCCUGACGUUUGGCCCCUGCAGAAGCACAGACACCCUUGGGGCAGAACUUAUCGAGAGGGAAAGCUGGCAAGGUGGGAGUAUGAUGAAAGUUACUGUGAUGCUGUGAAGAAGACCCCGCCCUAUGAUGCUGGGCCUCGUCUGCUCGAUAUCAUUGAUACAGCUAUCUAUGAUUACCUGAUUGGGAAUGCAGAUCGUCAUCACUAUGAGAGCUUCCAGGAUGACGAGGGUGCCAGCAUGCUUAUACUGCUAGACAAUGCCAAGAGUUUCGGCAAUCCAUCAAUGGACGAGCGCAGUAUUCUGGCCCCCCUGUACCAGUGCUGCAUCAUUCGUGUCUCCACCUGGAAUCGUCUCUCUCACCUAAAACACGGCACUCUCCGCUCUGCCUUGCUUUCUUCCACCAGCCAUGACCCACUGCAUCCAGUCCUGUCUGAGGCUCAUAUGGAAGCCUUGGAGCGCCGUCUGAAUGGGAUAUUAGGAACCGUCCAGCAAUGUUUAGACCAGUUUGGCACAGAUGUGGUGAUGGUGGAGGACCGAAUGACUCUUUCUCAUGUUUAAUACCAGUGCUGUAUAAUAGAGACUUUUUUCCUUUAAGGAACAUCCAGCUGGUGUGAAUAUUUUUUUACAAUACGCCUGGAAGACUGGUAUAAACAGCACAGUGCCCCCACAAACUGCAACCCACUUGGGGGAGGGAUAUUGGCCAGGUGCAGGAACUUAUACCCCCUCAGCCAUGUUCUAGGAUAUGGGCUUCUACUUAUUUUUAUUAAAGCUAGAGAACAUCACAAGCCCUCGAUGCUUUGAGGGUGCAAAAACGGUUCAGGAAGAAAACGGGAAGUUUUAUUUUCAGUUCGUAAUUUAUUCUUUUCAAUUUUUCAGCUUAUUUUUUUUUUUCUUUGUCUUCUUAAAGGUUACCUUGCUUUUUAAUCUUUUAGAGUGCUGGUUUACAACCAUGCAGUUUGCACAGUGUCCACAUGGUGGCACUGCCACCUUUUCCAGAAACCAUGUGGCUAGUUCAUUGUCCCGUGUAGCAGGUUUGACAUAUACGGCUGUGACCCUGCUAAUUCCAGAAGAGAAUUAGACUUUUAAUUUAUGAACUAGUACUUUAGAAUCUGGAAUUACAAAUUUGGGACUUUUUCACUGCUGGUCUUUGGUUUUCAAUGGCAGCUGCACGCAUUACAUCAUUAAUCCCCUCCUUACCUGAGAGGGCUGAAACGUGUUAAUUUACUGUAUUUCACUGACUACUUUCUCCCUUCUCUUAAUCUGAAAAUCACUUGCCUAUACUCUGUACUGUUCUUUGCUCAUUGCUGGGUUUUUGUUGUUGAGUUUUUGUGUGCAAACCUCAUGUAUUGUUCCCUUACAUGACAGACACAGAGCAAUAGUUUCAUCCAAGCUUUUACAUCAGCUUUUGCUUGGAAAUCCUCAUACAGCCACUUCCUGUCUAAUACAAUUGAAUGCAAUUGUAUUUUCUUCUGUGUUAUGGUAUAUAACUAAAUAAAUGAGCUGUCCUGGGUGCACACAGGUAGUUUUAAAUCACUUGUGCUGCCUUAAGGGGCCUACACACUGGACAGUGUUUUCGACCAUCGAUAUUAUCGAUGGUUGAUUUAACCUACACAUUGUACGAUAUCGAUGGGUCAAUUUGGACAAUACAAUAUCGUUCAAAUUGACUAGCAUGUAUCAACGAUGAACGAUUGCGGGCAUGUGCAUCGUUCAUCGUUGAUGCAUACACACUGAAAGAUAUGAACGAUUUAUCGUUCCUUUAUGAACUAUAUCAUUCAUAUCUUUCAAGAGAUCGCCCAGUGUGUAGGCCCUUUUAGUCUUCUCCGGUGAUUAGAUAGAGAAAAGGCAGGAGAUGACCCCUUUGCAUUAGGGAUCACCGAUCCCUAUAGCAACAAGCACAGUGCAUCCGCAGACUCCUCUUUACAUAACUUAGGGAUAAUGGGGAUGCAAAUAACAAAGUGUAUAACUUUUAUUUCCCAUCCGUGUUCAUUCUCUGUGUAUCAAGAUGGCUUUGUCGCCUUCGGAUCAAUGAAUUAACCGGCGUGUAAGAACAGAACAGGAGGUGAUUGGUCAGAUUACGGUUUCCUCAUGAUCACAUGGUACUGUACAUAUUGGCUGAAAUCUCCAGUUAGCUAUACUGUAAGUUUACUUCAUGCUGAUUUUAGGUCGAGAAGAGAUCACAGAUGUAUAAUAAGUUGACAAUGGUGGAAUUUGGAAGAUGUGAUUUUGAAAAGUAUGAAUUCUACAAUUUAUAAAAAGUGCAGAUAAAGAGAAGGAAUAUCUUGCGUAAGCAAAUGUCGCUUCUUAUUAAAAAUAUUAUUUUACUACACAGCUGACGGAACAAGCACAAAUGGCUUUUAGAAAUGUAUGCACGGCUUGAGCCUUAUAUGUUGGUCUCCAUUCAUACACAACAUAGCACCUGGGUUCACAUGUUGGUUAAAAAGAUAGUAAUAAACUAGAUGGCUUUUACUGAAUGGUAUAUUUAGGUGUGUGGGAUAAUUUUUUUAGACAUUUAUCAUAUCCACAUGAUUAGAAUAUCGCCACAACGUUCCUGGUGGUCUGGCGGUGACUUACCUGGUACAGCGGGCAUGACUUCCAACUCGUCUUGCAGUGGUUCCGGUGAUGAGAACCCCUAACCCCCUCCCUUCCCCCCCAGUGCCUAACCCUAACCUUCCCUCCCAUAACCUAACCCUUACCCUCUGUCUGUGCAUAAAAUUCCCCCUAGUACUGAAAUCUUACCUCUCCUCCUAUAUCUUAACCCUUACCCUCUGGUCUGUGCAUAACCCUAACCUCCCCUCCUGCAGCCUAACCCUAACCAACCCUGCCUUCCCAUAUCCUAACCCUUAGACUCUGGUCUGUGCAUAACCCUAACACUCCCCCUGGUGUCUAAUCUCCACUCCUGCAGCCUAAUCCUAACCCUCCCCCUAGUGCCUAACCCUAACCUCUCCUCCUAUAUCUUAACCUUUACCCUCUGGUCUGUGCAUAACUCUAACCUCCCCCACUGCAACCUAACCCUAACAAACCCUCCCUUUCCAUAUCCUAACCCUUAGACUCUGGUUUGUGCAUAACCCUCACCCUGGUGCCUAAUCUCCACUCCUGCAGUCUAACCCUAAUCUCCCCUACUGCAGCCUAAUCCUAACCCUCCCCCUAGUGCCUAACCCUAACCACCCCUCCUGCAGCCUCACCCUCCUUUCCAUAUCCAUGUGCAGAGAGUGUUAUAUUUGGGUGGGUUAUUUUGUUUCUGUGCAGGGUAAAUACUGGCUGCUUUAUUUUUACACUGCAAUUUAGAUUGCAGAUUGAACUCACCACACCCAAAUCUAACUCUCUCUGCACAUGUUAUAUCUGUCGUCGUCCCCCCCUUCAGUGCACAUGGUUUUGCCCAACUGCUAACAAAGUUCCUACUGCGAUCAGCUCAGAAUUACCCCCUUAGUCCUGAUCGGCUUGGUCUGUGUCUACCACUCAUAGCUGGUUCAGUUGGAUAUAAGGAGCACAAAUACAUUUUGUGUGUGUGUGUAUGUAUAGCAUUGCAAACCUUUUCUGAACCUUUGCAUAAGCUCUAUUAUGUAAAAGGCAUGAGGAUACACACCUAUAGUACACUCUGCUAUUACAUAAUAGUAAUAAGUGGACAAAGUAACUGCAAUGUUUCUCUUGUACAGUACGUUCCUACAUCCAGUAGGUGGCGCAGUGUAACUCCGCUGUACAGUGCUGUUUGCCAGGUUAUAGUAGGGCAUUAGUAACAGGCAUGUGGUGUGUGCUUUUGGGUAUUUUUCCAUUUUUCUCUAACAACUGCAAUGUUCACAUUUAUUGCUCUGUGUCUGUGUAAGCUCUUCUUCAUGUGUCAUAAUGUUUACAUGUCACACCCGUGUAGUACAUGUCACAGGCGAGUCACUGAAGGCUCUUUUUGUUUAUUUUUAUUGUGAAAAAGCUGCUAUGUUCAUACAAACUACAGUGGAAGAGAGAAUUUCUAUGACUUGUUAUGUACGUUCCAGGUUGGGAGAGGUGCUGGGCUUUAGCAGGAAUGGGGCAGGUAAAAUUUUAAAAUAAAAUGUAUACAAUGAA